AUGGAAGCAAAAGGAGAAACGUCUGAUACUUCAUUUACCAGUGUCACGACAUUUAACCCAAAAUGUCGCGAAAAAAUACCCCAACAAUAUGUUCUCCCUCCUUUACAACGACCAAACCGUAGCCUCAUUUGUCAUAUUUCCACCAAACUUCCCAUUAUUGACCUUUCCAUGCUCAACCACUCUGCACACAGGCCCCAACUUAUCAAUCAAGUUCAUGCUGCCUGCAAAACUCUUGGCUUCUUUCAGGUGAUAAAUCAUGGAAUUCCUGCUGCGAUUAUGAAAGAUGCACUAGACUCUGCUGAAGAAUUCUUUAACUUGCCAAGUGACAAAAAGAUGUGUUAUGCGUCUACUGAUGUUCAUAAGCCUGUAAGAUAUGGCACUAGUUUGAAUCAUGGAACAGAUAAAGUCUUAUACUGGAGAGACUUCAUCAAGCAUUAUGCGAAUCCAAUAUCAGAAUGGAUCCAUUUAUGGCCAUCAGAUCCUCCAAGUUACAAAGAGAAAAUGGGAAGCUAUGCAAAAGCAGUGAAGAUAUUACAGAAGCAGUUGAUGGAAGUGGUUCUAGAAAGCAUAGGCCUGAAUGCAAAUUACUUACAUGAUGACAUUGAAGAAGGUUCUCAAGUCAUGGCUGUGAACUGCUACCCGAGCUGCCCGGAGCCAGAUCUUGCAUUAGGGAUGCCACCACACACGGAUUAUGGUACACUGACCAUACUAAAUCAAAGCCACCAAGGACUUGAAAUCAUGGACCAAGAUAAUGUAUGGCAUUCGGUUCCAUUUCUCCAAGGUGCCCUAAUAGUUCAAUUGGGUGAUCAGUUUGAAAUUAUGAGUAAUGGAAGAUACAAGAGUAUACCUCAUAGAGCAACUCUGAAUUUGGAGACAAAACGCAUGUCAAUUGCAAGUAUUCAUAGUAUGAAAAUAGAGAAAAAGGUAGGACCAGCACCGGAUCUAGUUGAUGAGCAACACCCCAUUGCCUACAAAGAAGGAAGCUUUCGUGAAUUUCUUGAUCACAUCUCUAGUAAAUCUUUAUCAGAAUGUAAGUACAUCGACACGUUAAAAACAUGA